AUGAGUGUGGUGGGAUUUGAUAUUGGAAAUGAGGACUGUGUUAUUGCCGUGGUGAAGCAAAGGGGUAUUGAUGUUUUGUUGAAUGAUGAAUCGAAACGUGAAACCCCGGCUGUGAUAUGUUUUGUGGAGAAGCAACAGUUUAUGGGAUCUGCUGGUGCUGCUUCUGCAUUGAUGAACCUAAAAUCCACAAUAUCUCAGGUCAAAAGACUAAUUGGUGGGAAAUUCUCAUAUGUGGUUGUGCAGAACGAGCUAAAAGAGCUGCCUUUCGAAACUUCUAAAGGUCUGGAUGGGGGCAUUUUGAUUCACUUGACAAACCGGGGUGAGAGCCAUACCUGUACGCCAGAGCAGAUUAUGGCAAUGCUCUUUGCUCAUUUGAAAGAGAUAAUAGAGAAACGUUUGGAAAUGCCCAUUUCAGAUUGUGUAAUCGGGAUCCCAUCAUACUUUACGGACUUGCAAAGAUGUGAAUAUUUGAAUGCUCCGACAAUUGCUGGGUUAAAGCCUUUGAGAUUGAUGCAUGACUGUACUGCUGCUGCACUUAGUUUUGGAAUUUAUAAAACAGAUUUCCCCAGCUCUGGACCAACUUACGUUGCAUUUGUUGACAUUGGUCAUUGUGACACCCAGGUCUCUAUUGCAUUAUUUGAGGCUGGACAUAGGAUACCCUCGCCAUCCCGUCGUCGUCAUGCGCAGAGGAGACCGUCGCGGUCGCGCGCAGAGGAGACCCUCUCCAUCCCGUCGUCGUCGUGCGCAGAGGAGACCAUAGCCAUCCCGUCGUCGUUGCGAGCAGAGGAGACCCUUGCCAUCCAGUCGUCGUCGUGCGCAGAGGAGAUUGUCGUGGUCUCGCGCAGUGGAGACCCUCGACAUCCCGUCGUCGUCGUGUGCAGAGGAGACCGUCGUGGUCGCGCACAGAGGAGACCCUCGCCAUCUCGUCGUCAUCGCGUGCAGAGGAUAUUUGGGGGAGAUGCCUGCGUUGAGGAAGAAAUUUGGGAGAGAUAA